AUGCUUUUACAGCAGCAGUAUCAAAGUGCCCUGUUUUGGGCAGACAAAGUAGCUUCACUGUCUCAUGAGGAACCACAAGAUAUCUACUGGUUGGCCCAAUGUCUUUACCUAACAGCUCAGUAUCAUAGGGCAUCACAUGCCCUUCGAUCACGUAAGUUGGAUAAGUUAUAUGAAGCAUGUCGCUACCUUGCAGCCAGAUGUCAUUAUGCUGCAAAAGAACAUCAACAGGCCUUGGAUAUUCUUGAUAUGGAAGAGCCAAUCAACAAAAGACUUUUUGAAAAGUACUUGAAGGAUGAAAGUGGAUUGAAAGACUCUGCCACAGACUGGGAGAUGUCACAAUCCUCUAUCAAGAGCUCUAUAUGCCUUUUGCGGGGGAAGAUCUACGACGCUUUGGAUAAUAGAACCCUAGCAACAUACAGCUACAAAGAGGCCUUGAAGCUUGAUGUUUACUGCUUUGAAGCAUUUGAUCUUUUAACAUCGCACCACAUGCUCACAGCACAAGAAGAAAAAGAACUUCUUGAAUCUCUACCUCUUAGUAGACAAUGUACAGAAGAAGAACAAGAGUUGCUUCACUUUUUAUUUGAGAAUAAAUUGAAAAAGUAUAAUAAACCCAGUGAAACACUGAUUCCUGAAUCAGUAGAUGGUCUCCAGGAAAACCUGGAUGUGGUGGUAUCCUUAGCUGAAAGACACUAUUAUAACUGUGAUUUCAAAAUGUGUUACAAGCUCACUUCAGUAGUAAUGGAAAAAGAUCCUUUCCAUGCAAAUUGUUUACCUGUGCAUAUAGGGACACUCGUGGAGCUUAAUAAAGCAAAUGAGCUUUUCUAUCUUUCUCACAAACUGGUGGACCUGUACCCAAAUAAUCCUGUGUCAUGGUUUGCAGUAGGAUGCUACUAUCUCAUGGUUGGCCACAAAAAUGAACAUGCCAGAAGAUAUCUCAGCAAAGCUACUACACUCGAGAGAACCUACGGACCUGCAUGGAUAGCAUAUGGGCAUUCAUUUGCAGUUGAGAGUGAGCACGACCAAGCAAUGGCUGCAUACUUCACAGCUGCACAGCUUAUGAAAGGGUGUCAUUUGCCAAUGCUCUAUAUUGGACUGGAAUAUGGCUUGACCAACAACUCAAAGUUAGCUGAAAGGUUUUUCAGCCAAGCUUUAAGCAUUGCACCUGAAGAUCCUUUUGUCAUGCAUGAAGUUGGAGUGGUUGCAUUUCAAAAUGGAGACUGGAAAACUGCAGAAAAGUGGUUCCUUGAUGCUCUGGAAAAAAUCAAAGCUAUUGGAAAUGAGGUAACAGUUGAUAAGUGGGAGCCUUUACUGAACAACUUAGGACAUGUCUGCAGAAAACUCAAGAAAUACGAAGAAGCACUGGAAUACCAUCGCCAGGCACUAGUAUUAAUUCCUCAAAAUGCUUCCACUUACUCUGCCAUUGGCUACAUACACAGUCUCAUGGGCAAUUUUGAAAGUGCCGUCGACUAUUUUCAUACGGCCCUUGGUCUUAGGAGGGAUGACACGUUUUCAGUCACAAUGCUUGGACAUUGCAUAGAGAUGUAUAUUGGUGAUUCUGAAGCCUACAUUGGAACAGAGAUCAAAGACAAGUUAAGAUGUUACGACUUUGAUGUACACACAAUGAAGACAUUAAAGAACAUAAUUUCACCUCCCUGGGAUUUCAGAGAAUUUGACAUAGAAAGACAAACUCUGGAAGAAAGUGGCAUAGUGACAUUAGAGACAUCACAUCAAAGGAAAAGUACAGAUACCAGUCGCCCCCUGGAAGAAACAUUUGAGAUUGAAAUGAAUGAAAGUGAUAUGAUGUUAGAAACAUCAAUGUCAGACCAUAGUACAUGACCAUAACUACUGGUAGAGAGCUCAUUUUGUCUAAGUGGAAUAAUAUGUUUGUUUUAGCAUUUUUGUUAUGGUGUUAUACUUUCAAGAAUUUGCUAUUUUUAUAUGAAUUCAAACGACUACUCUGUACUUAAGACCGGAGAAAUAAUGCUUGCCUUAAGGAUGAUUAAACAGUAAACAUGAUGGACUGUUUCUACAGAAUUAAUCAUACACAAUGAAGUAAAAAAUAAAUUCACCUCUUUUUUU